UAUACAAACCUUAAAAGAUUUUCACAUACUAAUUAAUUCCCAAAGAAAUGGAUAACAAAAGCUUAUUGUUUUCUUCAUCUUUCAUUGCUCUUUUCAUCAUCAUCUUUUGUCUACCUUUCGCUAUAUCUCAAGAAGUCGAUGAUGAGCGCGAGUUCUCAUAUGACAUACGAAGUCCAAUAGGACCGCAUCAUUGGGGAGAGAUCCAUCCCGAAUGGAGCACUUGUAACCAAGGAGACAUGCAAUCGCCGAUCGAUCUUUUACAUAAAAGGGUUCAAACGACAUCAAAACUUGGAAGACUUGAUAGAGAUUAUAAACCCGCAAAUGCAACUCUUAAAAAUAGGGGCCAUGAUAUGAUGUUGAGUUGGAUUGGAGGAGCAGGACAUAUUCAUAUAAAUGGGACCGAGUAUCAACUUAACCAACUCCAUUGGCACACCCCCACCGAACACACCAUCAACGGCCGAAGGUUCAAUCUCGAGUUACACUUGGUUCAUCAAAGUAAAGACGGGAAAAAUGCAGUAGUCGGUAUCCUGUACAAAAUCGGCCGCCCUGAUUCUCUUUUGUCAAUGAUGGAACCAUAUAUGAGAGCAUUGGCUCCUACAAAAGAAGUUGAAAAAAGCGUGGGAAUAAUCGAUCCACGAGAUAUUAAAAUCGGGAGUAGAAAAUACUAUCGAUAUAUUGGCUCGCUUACUACUCCCCCGUGCACCCAAGAUGUUAUUUGGACCAUCGUUAGAAAGGUGAGAACAGUGUCGCGUGAACAAUUGCGAAUAAUCCGUGAGGCAGUCCACGAUGAGGCGGAUGCUAAUGCGAGACCGGUUCAAGCCUUGAACGAUCGUUGGUUGAAGCUUUACAGACCAGAUGAAGUAGAUGAAAGAAACUAGUAGUAAUUAAGGCCCUCGAUCAGCUCCUCCAUAGCUGCAUUGAUUAUUUAUUUGUAACUCAAGAUCAUCAUAUCUACAAUUAAUAUACUUCAAUUCGUUUUUUUUGUAUCACACAUAAUAUGGUUUUUUGUUUCUUGAUGUAAAAUAAAGUUAUAUACACUCGAUCCGUAAUACUGCUACUUAUAUAUGGAUAGCAUGCUUUAACGAUUGAGUAUACAUAAAGGUCGAUAUUAGUUAAUUAUUGUACUCUAUGAUUCAUAUAUAUAUACAUAAAUAAAAAGAUUAUAAUA